UUUCCGGGAGGCUGGCGUCUUGUCGGCUCAGCCGCAGACUCCGUCAGCCAAUCCGAAAGCAACCCCUCAGUGUGAGAGGCGGGGCCCUUGGCUGGCCGGCCGACUAGGCCUGUUCCUUAGCAGCGGACCGACCUUUGGUUGCCCCUCCGAAGGAAAUAGGCGGCAAAUGGGCUUCCUUGGAGGAGGCAUUGCCGCUCCUCUUCUUCUCCAGGCUCCCCUGAAGGCCUCCGCCGCUGGGCCGGGGGAGAAGGCCGCAGGCACGCACAUGGCAACGUUGAGUACGUGAGGAAAGGUGAACUGCAUAAUGGCUGAAAGUGCAUCUGUAGGUAUGGCGGGCAUCACCCCUGUCCAGCAGAUGUUGGCAUCUGGGACAGGGGCCCUCUUCACCUCUCUGUUUGUCACACCCUUGGAUGUGGUAAAGAUCCGACUACAGGCUCAAAGAACACCAUUCUCCAAAGUGUUGUCAGUACAGUCUAUACCUUGGAGCAUUCAGCAGGCCAAAUGGAAAUGCUUCCUUUACUGCAAUGGCCUGAUGGACCACCUAUAUGUGUGUCAGAAUGGCAAUGGCUGCACUGCCUGGUAUAAGGCCCCAACUCAAUUCACUGGCACUUUGGAUGCUUUUGUGAAGAUAAUACGCCAUGAGGGCAUUCGAUCUUUAUGGAGUGGCCUGCCACCCACCCUAGUGAUGGCUGUUCCCGCCACUGUGAUCUACUUCACUAGUUAUGAUCAACUACGUGAUUUUUUACAUUCUAAGAUGGAUAACCAAGGGCGCUACAUCCCACUAGUGGCUGGAGCUGUUGCUCGAUUGGGUGCAGUAACUGUGAUCAGCCCCUUGGAACUUAUCCGAACAAAGAUGCAAUCCCGUCAGCUGACUUACCAUGAGUUGCGUGUGUGCAUCCAAUCUGCUGUGGCCCAGGAUGGAUGGCUGUCCCUCUGGAGGGGUUGGGGACCCACACUAUUGCGGGAUGUUCCCUUCUCAGCUUUGUACUGGUUUAAUUAUGAGCUGGUGAAAGAUUGGCUUUGUAGUCAAUUCUGUCUUGACAAGGCCACCUUCAUGACCAGCUUUGCAGCCGGUGCACUAUCUGGGACGGUGGCGGCUAUCCUGACAUUGCCCUUUGAUGUAGUGAAGACCCAACGGCAGAUUGAGCUGGGGGACAUGGAAACAGUUAAAGCUAACACUCCCAGAUCCUCAUCUACAUGGCUGCUUAUGCAGAAAAUCCGAGCAGAUUCUGGCACCAGAGGACUCUUUGCAGGUUUCAUGCCUCGUGUCAUCAAAGUGGCCCCAGCCUGUGCCAUUAUGAUCAGCACAUAUGAAUUUGGCAAGACUUUCUUCCAGAAACUGAAUCGGGAGCGGCAACUCAGCAGCUUGUGAAGUCCAGGAAAAGAGCCUCGAUUGGCAUCCUCCAGAUGGACCAAAAUCAUGCUGGUGGCAGGAGUGUGUAGACGUCAACAGAGGCAAGGAGAGGAAACAAGGGAUUGUGAAUUUAGGCACUAGAAAAGGAGCAUGCAGCAGAGAUCUCUAUCAAUCAAGAAACAUUUUGCUCGCUUUUCUUAUAGGCUGUGUCUCAUGACAGACACAUCCCAGGUGCCUUCGAGCUGGUUUUUGCCCUACUAUCUUUCUCCUUCACCACAGUGAACUCUUGCCCUUGGGAUGUUGCAUCUUAGGGGCCUAUUCUGUGUCUAUUGCUAGAGCAGGAGUUCCACACAGCAUUUUUCCUCUUUGCCCCCAAAACAAAACUCAGUUGCACAAAGAGGUGAAAGAAAAA